CUUCAACUUCCAGCAGUGCAUUCACAAUUUCUCACCUGCAUCUAUACAAUGUCGAUCCGCAAUACCUCAGGCAAAUUUUCCCUAGGCUCUUUCGGUCGCAAAGUAUCAGGCAUAGACCGCGCCUCUUCUCCAACCAAAGACUUAGGCUCAAAUGAAGAUGAUCACUCCCCCGUCCGGGAGUCUCACGGUGCCGGCUUGGAUGGGCUCGGCAAGAAGCUCAAGGGGAGUUUGGCCCAUAACAAUUUGCUGCCUGCUCUUGGACACAAAGAUUUGAGGGCUUUACAAGAUAUCAUCUCGUCCGAAAAGGGAGUAUUGCAGAUGUCUGAAAGGCUUGCUGCCGAAACCUCCAAAGCUUGCUCUUUCCUCCCCCCUUAUGGCACACAAGAAGGCCCCGAUCUCCAAGACAUCCUUACCCAGUCGUCCAACCUUCUCAGCAACCUUACAACCGCUCUCAACGUUUUCGCCGGCCAUCAAACUGAGAUGCGAGCGUGUUUGAAGCGAGUCCGAGAAAGGGAAGAGGCGCUCAUGGAGCUCAAGAACCGAAGGAAGAGCACCGGAGCAAAGGCUGAGACAGCUGAGAGGAAGUUGGCCAAGAUGGGUCCUGAGAACAAGAGUUUGCCUCAUCAGACGGAGCUUUUAGAAAGACUGAGGAGCGAUAUGAGACAAAUGGAUCAGGAUAUUACCACUGAGGAGACCAAGAUCGGUGACUUCAAGCGACAGACUUUGAAAGAAGCUCUGUCCUAUAAGUUCGGUGGUCUCGAAGAGCUUGGAGAAAAGAUGUGCAUCAUUGGCGAGCUCGGUAAGCUCUUGCUCGAAGAAGUUCCUCUUGAAGAGACGCCUGUUGGCUAUGGGCGCGCUCCGUAUACCGGCUACGAGAAGACGGAGAAUGCUGUAAGGGAGGCUACCAAAUGUCUCGGCACUGUCCAGUUCCAUGCUGCCAGCUCUAACCCGAAGCCUCCUGGUCUCCCUGAACCUGGGUUCGCCGCUCCACUCCGCACUCCAUCCAUCCCUCAUGAUGAACACAGCAUCGCGGUCGCCAAUGAGUAUGCUGACUACCCUGCCAACGCCCCCACAUCCCCUGAAAGCAAGGGCAAGCAGAGAGAAACCUACUCCGUGGACGUCGCCGAGCCUUAUGAUGGGAUCGAGCAGAACCCCUAUGCUUCAAAGACUACCAAUGGACAGCAGCACAUUUACAGUGAAUUUGGAGGUACUCGUCAGGUAAUGUUCCAGGAUUCCAACAAUGACCAUCCUUCUGCAUCUGAACUUGCCAUCCCCCCUGCCCCUGGACCUAGCGGUACUGAACAUGGGGAGGAAAAGGGGCAUGACUACGAGUAUGAGCAACAGAAGCAGAUGGACGCAGAGGAUGCUUGGAAAAAGCUUGAGGCGGAGGAAGCUGCGUGGAAGUCUCAAGAGACCGCUGAGACACUGCCUAACCCUCACUCUCCGACUGAAACCAUCCCCGCUGCUGUCCCAGCGCCCGUUGCGCAGGAAAGUGGCGAUAUGUACGCCCCCUGGCAGCCUUUGAAUCUCAAAAAGGAAAACAACAUCGAAAGCCCUACUACUACUUUGCAUGACGCUCCUACCCCUGUUGCCCCUGCGCCCUCCUUUGCGCCUAUUCCUCUGGGUGAACCCACCAACCACGCUCCUGUCCAGACCGAAGUACUUUCCUCCUCUGAGCUCAUACCCCCUCAAACAUCUUGGAGAGCCGGAGCUAGCCCUACCCCAGGCGCAUCCGACUUCCACACUCCCUUAUCCAGUCCUAACCCCGGGCUUGAUAAUACGGGUCUGAACAACGGUCCUGUUGACAAGGAGGCCCCUAGGGAGUAUUUCCCUUCGAACAUGGGUACUGGAGGUAAGAUCAGCGCCGCUGCGUUCCGAAAGGGUACCAAGCCCAAGACUAGUAUGGGUCCGGAAGAUAGUCCCAAUACAUCUGCUGGAAGUUCGGUGGUUAGUAUUGGAGAAGUGAGGAGGUUGCCUGUACCUCCUCACGGGCCUGCGGAUAUCGAGUUGCCGGCGAGUCCGGCUCCUGGAACAACGAAGCAUGAGGAUGGUUAUGAAGAAGGGAGGGUAGCUAGUCCUCCACCUGUUUACCAGAGUGAAGAAUGUUUGCGAUGAAAAGAUAUGGAAAGAGAGCGAGCAAGUUGAGAGCGGAGGACGUCUGCGACAUUUUGGAGAAGUAAUCUACAACUGUCUAUAUAGCCUAAUCUUGAUGCGAGUAUUUUUGUUAUGAUAU